CUGCUCUCACCCGUCCAUCACCCUUUCUUCUUAUCCUCUCAACCCCCUCCUCUCAUUCUAUUACAGGAGCGCGAACGUGUAUUUUCAGAUUCCAACCUCCCACCACCUACAUUGCAACCUCGCCACCGUGUCAACUCCGCAUCACAGCCAGCUCCUCUCGCGCAAGCUCCUCGACCCGUCGCAGUUUCACUGCACCACAACAUCAUGUCUGGCUACGACAACCGUAGUGGGUCAGAGUCAGACGAUGAUGACUUCAAUCCCGCGCCCGAGAUUGAUGAUGAGGAUGUCCGAGCGAGCAAUGCUGUAAAGCGAAGGCCUGCCGUAGAGGAUGACGAUGACGAAGGUGAUGAGGAACCUUCUGCGCCCCGAAAACGCGUGGACGAUGAUGAAGAGGAUGAGGAGGAAGAUGGAGGAGGCGACGACGAUGAAGAGAACGAGGAUGACGAGGAGGAAGAGGAAGAGGACGAGGAUGAGGAAGACGUAGUGCAACGCCCACACAAGCGCAGGAAGAAGGCAAGGCGAAACGUCUUCCUCGAUGUCGAAGCCGAAGUCGAUGACGAGGAAGACGAGGAGGAGGAAGGUGACGAUGAGGUCGUCGAUGAGGUACACCCGGACGAUCUUUUGGAACAAACCGCUGCCGAUCUUGACGACCGCCGCCAUCGCGAAUUGGACUUGAAGCGACAGGCCAAUGAUCAACAAGAUGCCGAACAGAUUGCGAAACAAUUUGAAGAGAAGUUCAGGCGGAGACAAAUGCAAGCAGCCUCGCGAGGUGCAGCUGGUGCCGUUCCUCUCUCUCUGCCUACUGUCAAUGAUCCCUCGAUCUGGGCUAUCAAAGUCAGGCCAGGCAAGGAGAGGGAGAUCGUCAUGGCCCUUACAAAGAAGAUCGACGAUUAUGCGCGAGCUGGUCGACAAAUUGGAGUUUACUCGGCAUUCGAGCGCGGCGGUACCAUGACGGGCUAUAUGUAUCUUGAGGCAGAUGCGAAACAGGAUAUGCUCUCCCUCAUCGAUGGUGUCCAGAACAUAUUCAUGAGCCAGCCACAGAUCGCUAUCGAGGUCAAAGAGCGACCGGAUCUGCUUCGGAAACGCAAGCGUACGCCUCUCGAGGAAGGAAAAUUCGUCCGCAUGGUUCGUCCUCCUCUAUACCGUGGUGAUUUGGCAAAAGUUGUGGAGGUGCACUCAAAUGGUCUUGACUGCACCGUCCAACUCGUGCCUCGUCUGGAUUACGGACUCGGAGAGGAUGCAAAUGCUGCCGAUGGAGCCAAGCGCAAGCGUCCCAUGUUUGGUCGAACCGUCGAACGUCCGCCCCAGAAGCUUUUCAAUGAUGUCGAAGCCAGAAAGAGGCACAUGAAGCAUCUCAGUGUACAGGGGUCUGCUGGAUCUCGGCAUUUCACUUAUAAGGGUGAAGACUAUCAAGGUGGCUUCUUGAUCAAGGAUGUGAAGGUCAACUUUGUCAGUGCAGAAAACGUCAACCCCAAGAUGGAAGAGAUGCAGUUCUUUGCCGUCACAGGUGCCGAUGGAACGGAAACAUUGGAUCUCGUAGCUGUUCAAGCUGCCCAGAAAGCUGCUCAGUCAGGAUCUUCAUUCAUCAGUGGCGACAAUGUUGAGAUCUAUGAUGGUGAGCAGAAGGGCAUUCGCGGUACUACGGUGUCCGUCACGGGCGACAUUGUUACACUCAAAGUUUUAGAGGGCGACCUUAAGGGCAGAAGCAUUGAAGCCCCAGUGAAAACUCUACGAAAGCUUUUCCGCGACGGUGACCACGUGAAGGUCAUUGGUGGCAGCAAAUAUAUCGAUGAAGUGGGUAUGGUCACGAAGAUACGCGAUGAUAAGGUGACGCUGCUUUGCGAUUCUACCCAAACCGAGAUUACGGUGUUCAGCAAAGACUUGAAGCGUGCUGCCGACUCUGCUACACUGGGAACUGAUUCCAAUUUCGAGCUAUACGACCUGGUGCAGAUUGAUGCUGCUACUGUUGGGUGCGUCAUCAAGGUCGACCGUGAGAUCUUGCGUGUUCUUGAUCAGAACGCCAACGUCCGAAAUAUCCUGCACACCCAGGUCUCCACUAUUGUUGGCAGGAAUCGUAACGCCGUUGCUACCGAUCGUGACGGCGCCGAGAUCCGAAAUGACGACACUGUCAAAGAGCAUGGUGGAGAGGGGAGACAAGGAAAGGUCAUUUACAUUCACAGAGGGCUUUUGUUCGUCCAGAACCGAGAGAUCCUUGAGAAUGGCGGUCUCUUUGUUGUUCGAGGCCAAAACGUCACUACUAUGGCGGCUAAGAGUGGACGUGCUCAAGCAUCUGGGCCUGAUCUCUCCAAAUUGAAUCCUGGCAUGCAGCCACAAGGUCCAAAUGCCGGUGCUAUGCCUCCUCCUCGCUCGAUGGGUCGCGACAAGAUGAUUGGCAAGACCAUCGUCAUCCGUAAGGGACCCUACAAAGGUCUCCUGGGUAUCGUGAAGGAUACAAAUGGAAGUGACGCUCGCAUUGAACUGCACACGAAGAACAAGCAGAUCACAAUCAAGAGGGAGCUACUCACCAUUAAAGAUCCUCUCACUGGCCAAAGCAUGGACUACGGCGGUGGCAAGUUCCCCAACAGAUCGCGUGGAGGAGGCUAUCCCGGCGCCACACCAAACCACAACAGUGGACGCACUCCAGGCUGGGGAUCGAAACGCGAUGGCCCUUCGUGGGGUGCAACACCUUCAGGGGGUCGUACUCCAGGUUGGGGUGGGGUUGGAGGUGGCCGUACUCCAGGAUGGGGCGGCGGUGACCGCACAUCAUACGGAGGAGACGGAAGUCGAACGGCUUAUGGCGGCGACGGAUCUCGCACUGCAUAUGGCGGUGACGGUGCAAGAACUUCAUAUGGCGGCGGAACAUCCUAUGGUGGAGCAACAACAUCUUAUGGCGGAAACGAUGGCGCACGAACCGCAUACGGCGGAGGCUUCCAUGCUGGUGGACGCACACCAGGUCCAUCCUGGGGCGGCAACUCAUCAUCAAACUCCAGGACCAAUCUUUCUGCACCCACCCCAGGAGGUUAUAGCGCCCCAACCCCAGCUGCUUAUGCCCCUACACCAGGCGACUAUGGACUUACGGCCCCAACGCCUGGCCCAGUAGACGCGCCUACGCCCGGGAAUUUCACUGCGCCUACACCUGGCAAUACCACUGGUCUGUCGAAGGGUUAUGGUGGAUACGGGGCAGCUGCGACGCCUGCUGCAGCACCGACACCAGGAGCCUGGGCGGCGCCAGAGACACCCGCACCGAGCGGUUAUGAUGAAGAUCCCAGGUAUGACUAGAGGAGUUUGGUGUCUUUCGAGAUAUAACCAAGACCUUCUCCAUCAACCAAAGUCCGUUUGUACAACAUGUGCUUUCGCUACCUCAAGAAAAGGGGGUAUGCGUUUUUCAGUAUUUUUGCCCAUAUCUGUUCAUCUUUGCAUUGCGGGCGUUAUAAGGGGGAAAACGUCCAACUGCCCUAUAAGCCCAAAGAUUGCACCGACCAGAGGCUCAUUUUGAGGAGAGACAUAAACUUGCCUUGUGCAUCGUUUUGAUCCACGGGGCGAUUGAAGGAAUUAUUUUUGCGUGAUAGGAUUAUAGCAUUCUUGAAUCGAGCAAUCGAUCUAUUUGUCCUAGUUUUUACUGUCAAAUCCAUACCAAAUUUCAAAGCUUGGUC